CGUUAAUACAAAAGAAAGAGAGAGACGACACAUAAUAAGAGAGCUUUCUUCCUUUCUUCUCCUCUCUGUAAACAAUUCUUAUCAGAUUCUUCCAUUUCCAUUCAAUUUCUCCUUAUCACCAUUCAUAAAACGAUAAUUCAUGUGUCAAAAAUUAUAAUCACACUUAAUCGUAAUUGGAAACGGAUUGUGAUUGUUUAAGAAGAUAAAAGCUCAAUUAUUUCAAAGAUGCAGUUGGGAUUACAGAAAUUCUUCCUCUUGUCUAACAGAUGUAAUUUUUCUUUAUACGAAUACAACUUCUUAUUCUCUUCGAUCUAUGUUGAUCGAAAUGAAAAGAUCAAAAAAAAAAAGAAUCACUAACUCUUCUUGUUUCUUCUUUUUAUUGGAUAAAACUGACUUUUUUUUCUUUUUUUCUUUUUCUUGGGUUGGAUGAUGAUGAAAGUCGUGCAUAGGGGUUUGUUAUGAUCUUAUAUAAACUCAAAUCCCGAUUUUUUUCUCUUCUAUUGUUUUAUUCCUUCGAAUAUUUACCUUAUUUUGUUGUAAAUUUAAAGAAUUUUGCGGAUGUUGGCUUCACGGAUUUCAGGUUUUACUUUUUAGUUUUUGAUAUCUGAUCAGAUUUUAUUAUAUGGAUUGAUCAUAUACGUAUAUCUGCAUAACACUGAAAUUUUUGAGAAAAACGAAAAAAUUUUACGAAAAUUUACUCUAUUACUUGUAAUUGAAGAUAUCCUCUGCUUGUUUUUGAUGAUGCUCUGAUUGAUGAGAUUUCUGAUUUCCUUCAUGUUUGGAUUUGGUUGAUUUGGUAUGUGUAACCUGGAUUCUUUUCCUCAUAUAUCAUGAAAAUCAGUCUUGGGUUAUUUUUAUAGUCCUACUCUGUUUUAAAAAAUGGGCUUAUCUAAUUUGAUGCAGAAAAUCUAAACUUUUUUAAUUUAAUGUUGAAUUUUGAUGGAAAAUGACAAUGUUGAACUUGUGUGUUAUAUAUAUAGGUUUCAGAGUGGAAACUAGUUGAUCGACCAAAUCCAGGACUCUAUAGUUACUAAUAAUCUGCAGUUAGAAUUGUUCGUUCGACUUCCACUUUAGAGCAGUGCUCGAUGGAUGCCACGGCGAGUGGAACUCCAUCUAUUCAAUACCAUAACAUUGUAGUAGACCAAUCCAUUUCUACUCUUGUUGUGUCACCGUUCACACGUCAACAACGUCAUUGCUUUGGUGAUUCCAUUCCUGGAGAAUUUCCAUUAGCUGCUAACCCAUCCAUUGUUCUUCAUGUCUUAACUGGUUGUAAUUUGGACCCUCAAGAUCUUGCAAAACUCGAGGCAACAUGUUCAUUCUUCCGGGCACCUGCAAGCUUUGCCCCAGAUCAUGAACUGUCCAUAUCAGAGCUUGCUGCUCUUGAUAUGUGUCAGAAAAGAGCUAUAUUUAAGCCAAUGGCUGAUGAUGAACGUGAGGCUCUUAAACAAAGAUGCGGUGGAUCAUGGAAAUUGGUCUUGAGGUUUUUGUUAGCUGGGGAAGCUUGUGGCAGGAGAGAAAAGUCUCAAGCAAUAGCAGGUCCUGGUCACAGUAUUGCUGUGACUUCGAAAGGGUCUGUGUUUUCCUUCGGAUCAAACAGCUCAGGCCAGCUUGGGCAUGGCACUUUAGAAGAAGAAUGGCGGCCUCGUCAUAUCAGAUCCCUACAAGGAAUUCGGAUUAUCCAAGCUGCAGCUGGUGCCGGUAGGACAAUGCUGAUAAGUGAUGCUGGUCGAGUUUAUGCAUUUGGGAAGGACUCCUUUGGAGAAGCUGAGUAUGGAGGUCAAGGAUCCAAGCUUGUUACAACCCCACAGCCAGUGGAGUCCUUGAAGAACAUAUUCGUUGUUCAAGCUGCAAUUGGAAACUUCUUCACUGGUGUUCUUUCUAGGGAGGGAAGGGUGUACACUUUUUCUUGGGGCAGUGAUGCUAAACUUGGUCAUCAAACUGAACCCAAUGAUCUGGAGCCUUAUCCUCUCUUAGGCCCCUUAGAGAACAUUCCGGUUGUUAAAAUAGCGGCUGGGUAUUGCUACCUUCUAGCUCUAACUUGCCAACCUGGCGGUAUGUCUGUGUACUCUGUUGGUUGUGGUCUUGGUGGAAAGCUUGGACAUGGUUCAAGAACUGAUGAAAGGUAUCCUAGGUUGAUUGAACAGUUUCAGACCUUGAAUCUUCAGCCUAUGGUAGUCGCAGCAGGUGCGUGGCAUGCUGCUGUGGUGGGACAGGAUGGUCGUGUUUGCACAUGGGGUUGGGGACGUUAUGGAUGUCUAGGACACGGGAAUGAAGAUUGUGAAUCAGUUCCAAAGGUGAUUGAAUCCUUGAGCAAUAUUAAAGCAGUUCAUGUUGCCACAGGGGACUACACUACCUUUGUGGUGUCGGAAGAUGGCGAUGUCUAUUCAUUUGGUUGUGGUGAAUCAUCCAGUCUUGGACAUAGUACUGGUGCUGGUGGACAGGGUAAUAGGCACACAAAUGUGUUAAACCCCGAGAUAGUAACUUCACUUAAGCAGGUGAAGGAGAGGGUUGUACAAGUCAGCCUCACAAAUUCGAUAUAUUGGAAUGCCCACACCUUCGCACUCACAGAAUCUAGCAAACUUUAUGCAUUUGGUGCGGGGGACAAAGGACAGCUCGGAGUAGAACUAGUCGCCAACCAAAGCGAAAGGGAAAACCCUGAACUGGUUGAAGUUGAUCUCAGUUAGUGAUCAGUGUGUUGGUUCCGUAGCUCACCAUCACUAGUAGCUUAACUAGUUGCAUUUGAUUUCUCACUUCGGUUUUAGUAGGUUUCCUUAUCUAUUUUGUACAUAAAAAACUAAACAAAACAAUCGAAGGUUUAAUUAUCGAAGCUAGGAGCAGGGCCCAACCAAGAGCUGCUGAAGUUGUAGUGAUCAACCCUUAAAUAGUCAAGGGUUCGUAUAGGAAAAAAAGGGUAGUAGCUCUUGGAGACCUCGUGCAGUUUAUAGCUGGUAGAUACUUUGUUUAUAGCUCUUUAACUUGUUUGCGGUUUUACCUUCAAUUUGAAUUUCAUCUUUGUUUUUCUAUGUUA